AUGAAAAGUACUGUCAUUCAUGAACAGGAUCUCGUCAAUUUCGACGACGAUGACGAUGACAAUGAUGAUGGUUAUGAUAAAGAAAAUCUAGUGGCUAGUCUACAUGAUGCCAGACGUAAAGGUUAUCCUGGCAGCACAAUCAUUGGAUUUCGACAUAAAGAUCGCAUCAAGUCGACUGUCAGCAUGAGUGAUGCACCUCCUCCUUACCCAGGCGAGAAAACUGAUUACCCGACACAGAAUCAAGGGCAGUACGCGCCAUAUCAGCAGCAAAGCGAUACAAAUAUAAUUGUCAGCCAGCCUGUGACUGUAGUACAGACGUAUAGAGAAUGUUCCCUUAGAAUUGUGUGUCCAUUUUGUCACGCCGAGGUGGUCACGUCAACGUACUAUGAGCCUGGAACACUUACUUGGCUGGCUUGUUUCUUGAUAGUUCUCUUUUUUCCGCUGGGUUGCUGCCUGAUACCAUUCUGCAUGGAUGGUAUGAAAGAUGUUGUACACCGCUGCCCAAAUUGUGGUGCAGAGACCGGUAGGUUCAACCGGAUGUAGCAAGUGCUUUAAAAAAAUCAGAACUUUCAAGGGUUAAUUUCAUCAUCAAAAUUUCUGGAACGCAUUAUAGACAUCUUCUGGAACGGACUAUAGACGUCUCCAUACUGUGGUUACAUAUCUCAAGGAGCGACAACUCUGUACAAACUAUAAACAAAUAAAAUGUGUAGAUGAACUAUAUUUUUUAUAACUUAUAUUCAUAUUGUUGAUAUUUUACUCAAAUUUAACUUGUUUAUGUUUAUGCAUACCUGUGGACUUUUUCAACUAAAUCCUUUAUAUUUCAUAUUUUUCGUAAAUACUGAGUUUACUUUUGCAUGUGGUUUCGUUGUGGAAUUAUUAACUAAAACAUUGUAUAUGUAUUAUCAGGUGAUCUGAGCUGACAUGUCAGAAAGAACAGUAUGUCAUCUAACUAAUGAAAAUAUUACAAAGUAUCAAGUCUUAGAAUAAACAGUAUAGCUACUGACCCACAUUUUUAACAUUAUACAUAAUUGUACAACAAUGAUAAAAUUAUCUGUGAAGGGAAGUACUUAAAGAUAAAAGAUUUUAAUGUGAAAUUAAAUCAAGUAUGUACACACUAGUUAAAUACUAAUAUUGCAGAGCAAUACUAAUAUUACACAGUUAUGCCUUACACAGUUAUGUUUUUAUAUAAACAUAAUUGCCAGUUAAUUAAGACCCUAAGACCUGAAAUAUUUCUGUUAAUCUCGAAUUUCAUCUUAAAUCUUUUACAAGGCCAACCAUGUUUUGUAAUUAAAGAUAUCCAGUGUCUAUCUUUUAUUAGAAUAUUUUAUGAUUAGAUAUUUACUUCAAAUGUAGAAAAUCCCCAUUGAAUAUAUUUAUUUUAUUAAAUCUUUAUAAAUAAUUAAUUGAUUUUGUUUGUAGAGCUACAUUCAUAAUUAAAUGUCAUGCAAUAACAAUCGAUUGUUUAAAAAUCUUCCAGUUUUUUUUAUUGGUAGUACACAUUUAAUACUGUGUUCUAUUUCUAACCUUAUGCAAAGUACUAUUAAUACAUUUUAUGUAUACAUAAACCAUAUGUAGUCAUUGUUCAUAUUUUCAAACAUGAAAUUUGGACCUAGUAUACCUUUAAUUAAGCUUCUAUAAACACGUAGUAUAGGCUUAAAAUACGAGUGGUUCCGAUUAGCAAAUUUUGCCUCAUUCGCAUUGAAAGAAGAAGAAAAUGUAUUGGUUGGUUCUUGUGUCAUUGGGGUUGAACCUGGUUGCUGGUCUUUAAUUGUGUCAGUAUUGCAAAGCUGACAGACAUUCGCUAAGCGGAAGUUUCUCCCGCAGCGAUUGUUCAAAUUUUCUAACGUGUUGUAUAUCCGACCGUCUGUAUUUCAUUUUUAAUGAGAAUUUCUACAAUCCGUAUGGCCAGACCAGUAAAGUAACUAUUACCGCGAUGGUCUAAAAAUAUAUUUUACAGAAGUUUUUUUGUUAUAGCUAUGUUACUUUUGUUGUUAUUUAUUCACAUGUUUAUGUUAAUAUUCCAGCAACUUUUUGUCACAUGACAUUUGAUAAAUGUCAUUUAUAAUGAUGAUAAUUGUGAACAUUAUUACUUACACAACGGAUAUUGAAACCUGGCUGUGUAGUUGAAAUGGGAAAUAAAUAGCAUACUUAUGUCGUGAAAAUGGU